AUGAAGGCGGCCCAGGCCCCGGGCGAGGAGGCGCCGGGCGGCGCGCGGUCGGUCAAGGUGGUCCUCGUGGGCGACGGCGGCUGCGGGAAGACGUCGCUGCUGAUGGUCUUCGCGGAGGGGGCCUUCCCCGAGAGCUACACCCCCACAGUGUUUGAGCGGCUCGCCGUGAAUCUGCAGGUGAAGGGCAAACCCAUCCACCUCCAAAUCUGGGACACAGCAGGGCAAGUGGACUAUGACCGCCUGCGGCCUCUCUUCUACCCUGACGCCGGCGUCCUGCUUCUCUGCUUUGACGUCACCAGUCCUCACAGCUUCGACAACAUCGCUAACCGGUGGUACCCAGAGGUGAAUCACUUCUGCAAGGAGGUGCCCAUCGUCGUCGUGGGCUGCAAGACUGACCUGCGCAAGGACAAGUCGCUGGUGAAAAAGCUUCGGAAAAACGGGUUGGAACCUGUGACCUACCACAGGGGCCAGGAGAUGGCGCGGGCCGUGGGCGCCGUGGCCUACCUCGAGUGCUCGGCUCUGCUCCAGGAGAACGUCCACGCCGUCUUCCAGGAGGCGGCCGAGGUGGCCCUCAGCAGCCGCGGUCGCAACUUCUGGAGGCGGAUCACCCGGAGCUUUUGUGUGGUGACCUGA